CCUGAUGCUAACGGGGCGACACGCCGGUGCACCGGUGUCGCGUACCGGGACGAAAUGCAAUCAAUUCACUGGUCACACAUUCUAUUCUUAAUACAGCUUCGCGUGGAACCAAAAUCAAUGAAACUUCUAUUUCACGUAUAAAUAAGUGGCGCUAUAAUAAGCACAAGAAGAAUUUCUACUUUUAGAAUGUUGAUAAUUGAAUGACAUAGGUAGAACAUCGCUAGGGGAGAUUUCUCUAUUGACGGAGAAGUUAGUCAGUGUAAUAGUUGGAACCCGGAGUUGGAAAAGUUUGAAGAGCCAGCCGGUCGGGAGCUGCCUGCGGAACGCCCAUAACUUUCGGAACGGAAACCACUUGCUUUGCAAAGCCGGUGCAGAUCGAGGAGCAAAACAUGUACCGGUAAACGGAAUUAUCAGUUCGUUUGACGAUCGCGACUUGGAAUUUAUAUUUGUAUAAUAUACUUGAGAGCCGAAACAGAAGGAAAACAUACCGAGUUUUGUCUUUGCAGACUGCACUGUCACUCUCUGUGCCGAGCGAGGUUAUAUUUUGAAGAAGGGAGAAAAAGAAAAGAUGUCAUCCAAUAUUUUGGGGUUCUACCUUUUGUUGGCAUCAGUUAGCAUGUUAUGCAUCUGCAUAGAUGGUUUGACUUUUUGCGAUGACAACACGGAUUGCAGGAAUGGAGGCGUUUGUUCAUCUAUGAAUGUGUGCGAGUGCACCCCCACCUGGACGGGGCCUACAUGUGAAUCUCCCAACCCGUGUGGAAGCAGUCCUUGUCUGCAUGGGGGUACUUGUGAGGCCAAUGGUGGGAAUUAUACAUGUCUGUGUCGAACCCCUCAUAAAGGAACCAACUGUGAAUAUCUAGCUGCGUCUUCCUCUUGUGAUCCGACUCCAUGUGUGGCGGGGGAGUGCAUCGAUGACUUGAAUGGCAAUGUGUAUUGUGAAUGUACACCAUUUACCACAGGAGCUUUCUGUGAACGAACCCCAAACUGCAGCAACAGAGACCCAUGCCGACAUGGCGGUGUGUGUGUGGAUGGACAGACUGCUAAUGAUUCAUCAUCAUGUGACUGUAACAAUGACUGAGAAGGAGAGGUUUGUGAAAUUCCAUUGAGAUGUAAUGCAAACACUUGUCGUAACGGCGGCACUUGUAGCCCCCC